AUGCGGAGGAAGAUACAAGCUCUGGACAUCCGCGCCGGUAUGCCUGCAAUCUGGAUUACCAUCAGUCCCAACGACAUCAAUAACCCGGUAAAGAUGAAGCUUGCCAUUCAUAGGCUCCACGAUUAUGAGUCUGCGAAGGAGCUUUUGGCCGAUCUCCGUGAAAAGUACGACAGGAUCGCCCUGAGCACCAUGGAUUCGGUCAGCUCGGCCAUCUUCUUCCACCGAGAAAUAUCCCUAUUCUUUGAAAAGUAUGUGAAUACAGGCCGGGAAUCGAUCUUCGGGAAGAUCAGCCACUACUACGCCACCGUGGAAACGAACGAGCGAGGCAGCCUCCACUUGCAUGGACUCCUCUGGCUGGACGGCAACAUGCGACUGCCGAACCUGAUGGACGACAUGGCCAAUCCCGCGGAAGAAUCAUAUCGUGCCCAGGUGAUCCGAUACGCAGACUCCGUCUUUCAUGAGUGUCUAGAUGAAGAUGCCGGAAAAGCCGUGCGACAGCAGAGGAAGCCCAUCGAUCCCGUGGAGGAGGUCAUGACUAGCACCUCGGCUCUCACUGCGGCCUUUGAAGACGAAUCCAAUUUCAUCGCAUACUGUUGCCAAGCGCACUCCCACACAUACACCUGCCUCAAGUAUUCUCUGAAGGGGGUCAUCGACCGGGGGGCAGAUCAACAGAGACGGACAGCCUGCCGCUUCAAGGCACCGUGGAAAAUCGUCGAGGAGACAGGGUUCACAGAGGAUGGCUUGCUUCAGAUUCAGCGCAACCAUCCACUCGUCAACCGGUACAACAAGUCGUUGGCGGUCGGCCUUCGCCACAAUCACGACGUCUCGAUGAUCUUGACCAAGACCAAGGGCCUGGCCAUGGUGUACUACAUCACGAACUACGCCACCAAACUGGAUACGCCGAUGUGGAAGCGCAUUGCUCUCGCCACCGAGGUUGCCCGCCAACUUCGCGAGGCCGGUCGUCCGACGUCUCGCGCGCCAGGUCCCGCCCUGCCCGACGGCAGGCAGCAGGCGGUAUUGAACGAAAGCCGUCAAUUCCUGAUGAGAACGGCAAAUCGCAUCUUCUCCGAGCGACAACUCUCGGCUGUCGAGGUUUGUUACCACCUCCUUGGAUAUGACACCGACUUUACCAACGUGCCGCAUUGGUCCUUCUUGAACUUGACGGCCCUAUACUGGACAAUCUUUCGGCUAUGGGCGCAUCUCCGCCAUCAGGCCGGCGAGCUCACGGACGCCGAACAGCCCCCAGAGACAAUCCCUCUGAGGCAAGGAGGGCGAACCCUAUUAUGCCUGGAGGCGUACGCCUACCGCGGUCAUGUUCUACAAGACUUAUGCCUGUAUGACUACAUGUCAAUGAUUCACUUGGAUUCAGACUGUGAAGGCUGGAUGCAAAAGCUUCGACGGCCCGACCAGUACGCCGUCCCGAUCUUCCAAGGAUACAUCAGCGACGACCACGAGGACGAUCACCCAGUCUAUAUUAAGCGAAACUCUGUCCUACAUUUGGCGUUAUUCGUCCCUUGGGAAAACUUCACUUCUGAGAGCCUAGGUGAUAUAACCGACAUAUGGACGACGCAUCGAGCGGGCCUUUGUCCCCGCCUCCGUUUCUACGUCUCUAACAUUUGUCUUUUGAGAAAGUCUGCCGAAGACGCGCGUAAGGACGCGAAGCUCUGGGCCAGUCGGUCGGAGGGCGACGACACAAUUGACGUUGAGUACCCGCUUGACGAUGGCCGAUACGAAGAAGAGCCUCCAGCGAUGGCUCAUCGUCAGGCCUACAGAGCUCUACUCCAGAUUUUGCGAAAUGCCGUGCAGGACACGGACGCCACAAAAGACUCACCCGUCCUUGGAGGUUUAAUACACGAUCUGUGCGAAGAGAACCCGGCUGGAGAAGAGCAACCUUUUGUCCAACGUCAAGAGGAUCUGUACCGGAAUAUGCCCCAUGAUCAAGGUGACGCCUUGUGUCAACUCCCCAUAUCUCGAGACGAUGUCCAGGCAGCGGCCAAGGCCCAACAACUAUUGCAUCUUCGGAUGCUAGACGACAUUGAGGGUGGUUCCCAGGGGACCAUGCUUUCCGCGGAUGGCGCCGACAUCGACGAUACGCUAGCUCGCUACGGCGAUACGGAGUCCCCUGCUGCGCUCCCGGGCAGCGACCUCAAUGAACGAGGCCCUCGGAUGCUUGUCGACGUCAGUCCGGCAACUAGCUUCGCGGAGAUGGGACACACCGCCGCGGCCAGCUUUACACUGAACUAUCUACAGACCAUGGCCCUUCAACUCGUUUGCCUGUUUCUGGACAAGUAUACUGCUAAUCCGGACUCAGCGGGUCAGCAUCUUCAAUACACCGGCGGGCCGGGUGGCACGGGAAAGUCGAGGAUUAUCGAUGCCCUGAAGGACGUGUUCGCGGCGAGGAACCAGCCGCAUCUUCUGCAGAUAACCGGCACGUCGGGCAGUUCGGCGGCCCAGAUUGGCGGCACGACGAUCCACUCGGCCUGUGGGUUAGAUUCCCAUCGCGAUCCAAACAAACCGCCUCCCCCCUUCUCGGAGGCGAAGAAGUGGAUCUGGAAACAGAAGCUGGUACUCGUGAUUGACGAGGUCAGUAUGCUGGGAGGAGCCACUCUGCACAACGUCAGUCAUUACCUGCAGGCACUCCGUGACUGUCCGGACGAACCGUUUGGCGGCAUGCCCGUCGUUCUACUGAUGGGAGACUUCUACCAGUUCGCCCCCGUGCGGGAGACAAGCCUACUGAUCAUCAGACCGCCGGACCGAACAGAGACCCCCUUGCGACAAGCGACCAUAUCUCACCACAGCGGCUGCAGAUUGUGGCAUCUGUUCAAAACCGUGGUGCUCCUCGAAGACCAAGUCCGCGCACGCAACGAUCCCCAGCUCCGUGCACUCCUGGAUCGAGUUCGUAACGGGCGCCAGACCCAUGAAGAUCUGAGCUUGCUCAAUGCCAACAUUGUAGGACGCUCGCAAAUCACCUUCCACGAUGCUGUUGUGGGCUGGGCGCGCUUCAACAAGCGGCACAUCCGUAUCUUUGUCUCGACUCACACCUGGCGCAACGGCACGCUGUCUCCAAACCUCAUAGCGCGAACCAUCGGACAAGGCGACGACUCUGCCUGCAAAGUCCCCGGCGUCUUCUUCUACGCCCAGGGCAUGCCCGUGGUUGUGAACAAGAACAUCUACACUGGCCUGAAGGUGGUGAAUGGGGCUGACUUUACUGCCGUGGACGUGAUAAUCGAUCCCAAUCACCCGGGAUACUGCUUGGCAGAUGACGUGACCAUCCACUUCGGGCCGCCGCUCGGCAUUCUUCUGCAGUCCGAGGAGACGAAGACCUUGGCGAUACCGUCCUCCCGGUGCGAUUUUACGAGCCUCUAUGUGCAACUAUCCAGGUGCACCUCGCUUCGGGGCAUCAAGCUUCUUAAUCCCGUGAGACACCAUGACUUCAUUGGCAAUGGGCUCGAUCAGGCCAUUCUUGAUGGAAUGCAGAGACUCAAGAACUUGGCCGCGGAAACGAGACGGUUAUACAAGGACCAAGGUUUCGAAAAGUAG